GCAACAGCUGUGUGUAACAACACGUGUGAAAUUUUUUUAUUGGGUUUUGUGUAUUUUUGUAUUGCUGUAAAUAAAUGCUACUGAGACGCUACACAAAGGCAGUUAGCCUUCACUCCGAAAUAAAGCGGUUCAUUUGUGGUUUUCGGCACAAAUCCUUUGCAGUUGCCAUAAGCGAAGCACUCGACAAACUGCAAGAGCAGAAAAUGGAACGACAAGCGCAAAAGGAGGCGGAGGAUGAAUCGGUGAAGGAGGCGAAUCGCCUGAAACGCACACUGAAACGCAAGAAGUGGGUGGAUUGGCACGCGCAGGAUGCUGAAGAUGCAGCAAAUGGCAUUAAGCGUGCGCCUUUUGAUCCUGCGGAUCGCAUUAAACGCAAGAAAAGCGCAAUUCUGUUGAGCUAUUGUGGCGCCAACUAUUAUGGCAUGCAACGCAACCCGGGCAUGCAAACCAUCGAGGAGGAGCUCUUCAAGGCAAUGCUCAAGCACAACUGGAUAACGGAGGAUUCGUUCAAGCAGGUGCAAAUUGCCAGCUUUCAACGUGCCGCACGCACCGACAAAGGUGUCUCUGCCGCCCGACAAGUCUGCUCCAUCAAGCUGCCGGAUGAACUGGAUUUGGUGGCUUUUAACAAGGAUCUGCCAGAAACGAUUCGUUUGUUUGGCGUUGAGCGCGUGACAAAGGGUUUCAAUGCCAAGGAACAGUGCAAUGCUAGAACUUAUACCUACACGCUGCCCAGCAUUGCGUUUGCCGGCUGCAACGAGCAGCAGAAUCAGCAGGAUCAGGCUACAUUCCGCUUGACACCCGCGCUACAUGAGCAGAUUUGUGAGACUCUCAAGCUCUACGAGGGAACCAAAAACUUUCACAAUUUCACCAGCAAAAAAAACUUUUUGGAUCCGUCCGCGAAGCGUUUCAUCAUGUCCUUUACGUCCAGCGCUCCCUUUCACAGUCCGCAGGGCAUUGAGUUCGUUACGCUGCAGGUGAAGGGUCAGAGUUUUAUGCUGCAUCAGAUACGCAAAAUGGUCGGAUUGGCCAUUGCCAUUGUCAGGGGCAAUACGACAAGGAUAACGCUGGAGCGCGCACUGACCGAGGAGCGUUUGGAUUUGCCCAUGGCACCGGGACUUGGCCUCGUGUUGGAUACGGUGCACUAUGAACGCUACAAUGAUCGCUAUGGAAAGGAUGGCAUACAUAAGCCACUGACAUGGUCGGUACAGGAGCAGCAGGUCACUCAGUUUAUAGAGCUGCACAUCUAUUCGAAUAUAUAUCGAACCGAGGCGGAGCAGUGCAACAUGCUCGAUUGGCUGAGCACGCUGCAUUUUCACUCAUACGACACCAGACGCGGAGACGAGGAAAAGAAGUCAAACGAGGAUGGAGAGGAGGAUGAUGGAGAGGAAUAGCAUAAACAUUGCUUACAUUUAAGUUUGAGGAUUUAUCCUUUAUAAAAUACACACUACAAUUGCUCCUACUUAA